GCAUUUCAUCUUUUGGGAGUUUCCUACAAACGUGGAUUUUUUUGCGAUGACAAAACCUUAAAACACCCGUUCAGACAGAAUACCGUCAGUAAUUGGAUGUUAUUUCUGAUGUGCUUCAUAAUUCCAAUAUCAAUUAUUACGACAGUAGAGUUUUUCGUUUCGCAUUACAAUCGAACUCAUGGUCGUGCUAUGAAUUCCGAACGAUAUUCCAUUGGACGGUUAGAUAUUGCAGACUGGAUAGUGGAGGGCUACAAAAAAAUUGGUCUAUUAAUUUUCGGUUCGGGAGUAGGCCAACUAACGAUGGAUAUUGCCAAGUAUUCGAUUGGUCGUUUGCGCCCGCAUUUCUUUGCCGUUUGCCAGCCCAUUUUGGCCGACGGCAGUAGUUGCAACAAUGCAUUGAAUGUAGGACGCUAUGUGGAGGAUUUUACUUGCUCUGGAAGUGCCACUCCACGUAUGCUCAAGCAUAUGCGUCUUUCCUUCCCCAGUGCGCAUGCCAGCUUCGCGUGCUUCACUAUGAUUUACAUGGCGAUAUAUUUGCAGAAGCGCAUGAGUUGGGAACGUUGCAAGAUGGUUAAACAUUUCAUGCAAUUUCUGCUCGUUAUGUUCGCAUGGUACACUAGUUUGACACGUGUUUCCGAUUACCAGCACCAUACGACGGACGUAUUAGCUGGUUCGACGAUCGGUGCUUUCUAUGCGGUUCUCAUGACGCGGACAAUGUGGUGAUCAGUUGUCUAAGUAUUUGCAACUAAUGUACCAAACGCCGUAGGCUAUGGAACUUUCAAAAAGCUGUUUAUGUGCAAAUUUAUAUUUUCCAAGUGUGAAAUAAUAACCACCAUUAAUUUUGAAUUGUAAUAGAAUACAGUUAAUCGAAUAAAUAAAUGUUUUAAUUACUUUACGUGAUGGUCUUGUAACCGCAAAACUCAUUGUUCACCAGUGCUCGUUUUGAACUAAUGAUCUUGGAUGGUAAAAAAUAAAGCUGCCGGAAAUAAAAUGAAGCGACCAGUACCUAUUUAAUUUCUAGACAUUUCUUUGACAAGCAGUUUCGUGUAUAAAGUAGUUUGCUGGGUAUCAAGGAGCUUAGCAAUUCAUCGUUCAAGACUUGAGCUCCAAACUUCGUAGCUAAUUCUAACAUAGGCCCAGAUGUACAAAAAGUGUUCAACAGUC